CUUUACCUCACCCUCACCAUAUCUCUCUGUUUGUUUUGAGUAACAAAGUUUUUGUGGUUUGGUUUCUUGGGCAGCUUCAAUGGCUUCUGCUUCAGCUACUUCUCUUUGCAGGUUCCAGCCCCUUCAAAACCAGCCAACCAAGACUUCUGGCCUGGUAACAAGAACAAGUUCAAGUUUACAAUUGGUUCCUAAUGGAUGGGCUAAGACUGGCUUCUCUUCUCUGAGAACUUCUCGUCUCCAAAUCUGUUGCGCUGGCAAACCUGAGACAGUGCAAAAGGUUGUGGAGAUUGUGAGGAAGCAACUGGCUUUGCCUCCAGAGUCUGAGGUCACCCCUGACUCCAAGUUUGCAUCCCUUGGUGCCGACUCUCUUGACACAGUAUGCCCUGCUGCCAUUAUUUUCUACUCCAAUUGAUUAUCAAAUUCUAUUUA